UGUGGUGCGUACAUGCCGUUUGCAAGGUUGCAGCAGGCGGCGUUGUGGUCACAAGCACGUACGCAGGGUCAACGUACCGUUGGAGGGAGAGGGGAUUGGGAACUUGAGUAAUCUAUCCAUUGAGCCCAUUAUACUACAUCACAGACUGCACUCUGCACUGGAACAUGGAGCAACAACUUGUAGAAGAGAUUAACAUGCUGAACCAGCAGGAGUCUCUGGCCGAGAAACUAACAAGAAAGCUCAAGGAAGAUCCUGCAGUCGGAGUCGGCAUGGCAGGUCUGGUUGCUGUUUGUGCCGUAGGCGGAAAUCGUUACAGAAGAGGAGCUUUUACCAUCCCUUCAUCUCUGUACCUCCUUCAGCUGAGGGUCCUUGCCCAAGGGGCGGUGGUAGGAAGUUUAGCCGGAGGGAUUGCUUAUACCAUGUAUCAACACUUUCGGUCUGGAAGUCACGCUGCGGAUGUGGAGAAGGAACAGUGAAGUGGAAGGAUGUCUGAUGAGGCUUUGGAAAUCUACUAUUUCAGAUGAUCAUCAGAGGUGUUUCACUCUUCCAACUGCUAAAGUGAGAAGAUGUGAAUGAGCGCAAACCAAGGCACUAUAUUCGCGUGGAUAUCGAUUGGACUUGUAAUGUGUGCUAUAAAGAUAUGUUAAGAUUUUACAUUUAAAAUAUAUAAGAUUUAUUAUUUUUAAUAAGUAAAUCUAACAAACUAGUUAAGUUAGGAUAGCAACAUAUAUUUCCUGUGAAAAAUUCAAUAUAUUAAUUAAUAAACAACA